CUCUCGUCUGUCGCGUCGCGUCGCGCCGCGCCGCGGCCCCGACGGUGUCUCCCGUCUGUCUCUUUGUUCCCGCCCGUCUCCUCGCGUACACGGUCGUUGGUCGUUGUCGUCUCUCGCUCGAAUCGAUACAUACAUAUGCGUACACACGUAUACAUGUGUAUGUAAUUCGAUGUCGGUCGGCGAAGAAGUCGGCGACCGAGGAGAUAGACGUACGGAGCGAAUCGCGCCGCCAGUGAGCGAGCCGAUGCGAUCCCGUCGCCGUCUCCGCCGACUCCGUCGUCGGCUCCCCUCUAUCCGUCGGGAAUUCGCCGGGCGAGUCCCCGCGACAGUGGUCCCGAGUGCAUUCCGGGAGGAGAAACCCCCCUUCGGAGGCGAAAGAAAUUCGUCGGUCUCGGCGGCGAGGAAUUCUUCCGUUGUUCGCGGGACGGGAUCGGCUUUGGAUCGAAUCGAUUGAUUCCGGCGCAGAGCGACGUGGUAUUGCGGAGUCUUCCAGUGGCGACCGACUUCCGUUCGUCCAGUCGAGAAGGAGAAGCGAUCGAGUCGCCGGAUAUAUUUCGUGGAAUGCCGAUCGCGCGGGGAAUCCCGCUCGUGCCCGAGAAACACAUGGGAGAUCUUCGAGGCGGCAUCGCUGUAAUAAAUACACGGGCGAGAGCAAGGGAGAGAAACCCGGAGAAGGGACCGCAGUGAAUAACUACUUCAAGGGCUCGGGUUCUAUAAAAAUCCAGCUGUUACGAGAAGCACGAGGAGAAUCCUCCGAGGGGCCGGCAAGCAAUAAAAAAAAAACCCAAGAAGAGAAAAAAGCUCGGGAAAGAAGAGCGAAGGGAUCGAGAAGGGAUUGUUGCAGAGAAUGUUCCUUGAAACUUGGGAAGGUCCUGCGUCCAAGGAGACUUGAGAACCAAUCGGGCAAAAUUAUCUCCAAGAUUCUUGAAGACUAAUUCUCUCUUUUUUUUUUCUUCAAACACAAGUGGAGCAAUUAAAGGACACUUAUCUUGAGGACCUGAUGAUCGUCUAAUCGGAUUUGAAAUAUCGCUACAAAUCACUGAACCUAAUGCAUCGAACUUACAAGAUCUCCCUGGAAAUUGGUCUGCGUUUCGAAGAUUCGCAAGUCACUCGGUUCACUUCGGAGGGAGACGCUUGCUCGAAUGCGUCUUGGAAAUUCCGCAGCUGUACCGAGACUCGAGAACGGGAGGAGAGAUCUGCACCGGCUAUUCAAUUCGUUACAUUGUAUUACAUAACAAACCCGCAACAAAUGGCCCCCCGCGGAAACAAAGGAGGCGCGGGGAAACGAGCUUCGGCUUCGAUUGAUCAUUCUCCCGCCGACUCUCGCCAGUCUCGCCGAAUGGCUCCCGCAGGGACACCUUCGUCAAACGGAGGUCUGCCACCGCCCGUAGGGCCCACCUUAACCGGCACGUCGUUUGCCAAUUACAAAAGGACCUGGUGGAGGAGAGUGGCCCCCUGCCUCGCCUUUCUUGCCGCUUUUUCCACCGCUAUGGUUCUGCUCCUUGUUUGGAGCGAAGCCGCGGCUUUGAGGAGACAGGCGUUCGACGCGAACAUGACCAGAGACUACGUGCUCGACAGCGUCUCGAUGGACAAUCCGCAAUUGGUCGCGUACAUACGGCAGGUGCAUCUGAAAACGACGACUCAUCAGGACCCGUUGAACGCCAACCAGACGUCGGAGGAGAAGUACGUGGCCACGUUGUCGCAGGGCAAGCGCGAGGGUGUCUACGCGGAAUACAUCAGUAGGAUAGGCGCGAUUUCCAGCACCGCUUGGCUGGAGUCCAAUCUGAGCUGGCGAGGUGUUCUGAUACUCACCGAGCCCAAGAGCUUCUUCGAGGCGCAGCGAAGCACGAGACAACCGCGAUCGAGGGUCCUCCACGCCUGUCUCAGCACGGACACGGAUACCAAAGAGAUAAAAUACCACCAGGAAUCGGAGGUCCAGGUCACCAAGCUGGGCGACGGUCCUAACAGCCUCGUGUCGGACGACGGUUUUCCUACCACUAGACUCAAGUGCUUUCCUCUCUACAGCGUACUGUUGGCGUACAACGCCACAACUUUGGAUUACCUAAGUCUGGACAGUCCCGACGCUCCCGACGGCCAGGUACUCGACACCAUCCCAUGGGACGUCAUAAGAAUAUCGAUACUGUCGAUACGGUGGAGUCCCCAUCACAGCGAGGCGGAAACAAAGAGCUUCAUCGACAAGAUGACCAGCCGGAGGUACAAGCUCGUACACACGACCGACACCGGAAAGUCGAUUUUCCUGUACGAUACUCUCCUUAAGAUUUGAUCAUUGACUCAGGUUACACAGACUGGUCUGCGCCCGUAUCGCAGGAUGUGUAAAAUAAUUUAAGCGACUCGAGAUGAGCCCAGCCCACCGCGCCUUUUGAUCUGUUCUUAAUAUUUUAUUUCGCCGUUUAGAAAUAUUUCUUUCAGUCGGAAGCGCGAUCUUCUGUUCGACCACACACACGUAAGGGACGACUCGUCGCGGUAUCAGGGACACCGGAAGUAAUCGAUCGCGAAAUUCGUUUUCUCCGCCGAAUUCCCGAGUUGUUAUUAGCCAAGGGACACGGGGUCUUGGACACCCCCCCAAGGGUAAAGCUCGUCGCUCCCGAUUUGUUGAACAAUGUUUACCCACGAUAACAAGUUUACUGAUAUAACAAUCGCCGAUCGAAUCUCGAGGGACUGGCGAGUUCAAGAAUUCCGUCGGAAUUGCUACGACCCUAUUUUGAGCGUUUGAAGUUGGGAGCUAUACAAAACUGUAAGUAAGCCGAAGAUUCAGGAUUUUCGAUCUCCAGAAUCCUCAAAAAUCCCAAGUUCCGAAUCAAAGUUAAAAAUAUGGGAUUAAAUUUCGAAGAAAUAUCCACAAGCUUCGAGUCGAGCGAUUUCAACUUACGAAUUUAAUAUCAAAAGUGUCCUGGUUUCUCGCACAAGAUCUAAAAACACACCCUCGGGUUCAUGUGGUUUCCUUAGAGAUAUUCUUACAUCUAGAGGACCAAAAUUGUAAUUAUAAAUCCGCGGACUCGAAUUCCACUGGACUCGAGAAAUCGAAGAUUCACAUUACUCCCCGGCAGUCUCGGAUCGUAUGCGAACAAUUAACAUAGAUGCAAAAAUUUCUCUUAUUGACGCGGGCAAAAUAUAGUGAUGUUCUAAACGCACGUAUAUUUUGCACGUCGUAUGUGGCGGAAACACACGUGCGAGUCCUUAAAUCGACUUCGGAUAUACGUGACUCUCGUAUCUGUGUCUUAUCGCGAGACACACGUGCCACGAUUUCUCUCACCUUCUUGUUUUCAGUUGUAGUUUUCGCGUAUCGACGAUUACCGACGAACCAGACGGAGCGUUCUUUUAAUUUUUCUAAUCGUGCGAACGACGCUGUAAUAAAGAUGUCGCGGAAACGCAGGAUCGUCCGUCGGACCUCCUGCGACGUCUCGUUACCCUCGCCACGACUUCGACUUCAAAAUCAUGCGACACGUAAUACUCUAUUUAUUUCGUAUACGCGAAUAAUUAACGAAUAAUUAACAGUGAUUAUUGCGAAUAGUUAUUUAAGUAUUUACACAAUAAAAACAAAAGAAAUAUUCAGAUUAGAAAGUAGUCGAGAUACAAACACGAUACACCGUCACAAUUUGUGUUCAAUUCUCGUUUGACUCCACACUGCAAACUGAUUUUCACCCCGAAAUCUGUUCGCACAGCAAGAAUCGUUGGAUACAGACUGCCUAAUCGUUGUUCUUUUGUCUGGCGCGUUUAUAAUCUCAUUUCUCCAUUUUUAUACCAAUGGAAAAAUAAUGCGAUGUUAAUUUAAUUUAGAAAAUGUCAGAUUGUAAAAUUGGCGACUCUCGCGCGAUGAAUAUUUAAAGUUCAUUUCCGCCUCCUGCCGCUUACGUUUGCUCAGGCGAAACGUAACGUAAAAUUACGUUAGAAGAUGGGGGGAAAAUAAGGGCUGGAACCGUAAAGCGGAAAGCGAGAGAAAUUAAUUCCUCCGUACCUGAGCUAAAUAAACGUCUCGUUUAA